GAUUAAGCCCGUUGCUCUACGUAUUUGUUUGACUAUAAACAAUUUCUUUUACUUCACGUCCUGAAGAAUUGAUGACUCUCCUAAAAAAAAAAAUGGAAUUGCCGCAGUAGAUGAAAUUUAAAACGACCGCGGUUCUGCGGCAUCCCACUGCAAUCCCAUAAUUCCUCCCACUUCCCUUCCAACAAUAAUGCACCAAGACCACAACAUCCCCUGGAAAACCCUCGCUACCCACUUCCUCAUUGCUCCACGCUCCGAUCCACGUUAUACCAACAAACCCCUCAACUUCUAUCCUCGCGAACGGCCGGACCAAGCGAGGAUAUUCACCCACUUUUCCCAUGUCCUCAUAAAGACCAUCCACGAGUUCGCCACGACGGAGCGUCAGAAAUAUCCACCAACACUCCUAGUAGAAAAGACUGGAGACCUGUUCACAGAUGAGGAUAUCCAAACAUUCCAAAAGAAAUAUAAUUCCCAUAGUCAAAACGACUGCCUGAACAAGAACAAUCAAAAAGUCGAGUACUGGAUCGGCCGCGGAACAGACCUGGGCCUCGCGAGCGCGGUCUCAGCUUUGCUCAUCGAGAAUCAAAUGUCGGUCGUCCUCACGCUUGCCUGUCACCCGUCCAUACCCCUGGCGACCCUCUAUCGUCCAUAUCCUCCAGAGCAUUGUAGAAAUCCUGGAUGGAAUGUACUACCCGAGUAUGCCCUUCAUGCCUACGUAUUCAUCAACAUUCUCGCCGAAUUCCCAGAGUACUGCCAAGGACGAAAAUACAAGGGUCUGUCGUGUUACAGGGACAUUAUGAAUAAGUUAUCGCGCCAUCGCUUUCACAGCGUAGAGGAAGCCUUCCACUGUCGGUUUUUGGACCCGCUUGGCGAUGAAGGUCGUAGGGGGCUGGAGGGUUAUUGGUAUACACAUGAAGACGAGGAGUUUGGGAACUUCUUUGAGGACAUGGGGAGGCUUAAGGAGUACCUGAAGGCAUGUUUCGCGGUGAUGUAUCGGAGUGAGGUGCUGGCAAGGGAAUGCGGGAUUACAAUCCCAUGGGAGAUGCAUGUCGCUACCAUAUUAAAGUGGUUAAACGUGAGACUUGACUGCCGUUGGGUACGCGGUGACCUGGAGGAGAAAUGGGAACCCGGUAACAAGAAGGGGGGCGGGAAAUGGGUGAUCGAAUAUAUAUGACAGAGGCGGCGGUCAUAUCGCCGUAGGACUCUUAGAUAGCAGUGGGAGGACGAGUGAGCGAGAAAGAGAGUUUGCCGCAGUGGCUAAGCGAGAAAUACAACUGAGGAUCUAUCUACGCUAGCUAUCGCUCUGUUAUAGCUAUGAAUAAAGGCCAUCAAAGUGUUCAUGGC